AUGUCGCGUGUGCAGAAAAACGGGAAAAGUGGCCUAUUGCGUGGGCAUAGAAAGACAGAAGGGGGAAUGAUAGUGAAAAGGGGACGUGCGAAAGCCAUGUUUUCAGGUGUAAUGAGGGAAAUCCCCAAUCGCACUUUUCACCGAGAUUGCAACUGCAAAUUCGAUUUUCAGAUGGCAGCUAAGCCCUUAACAAGCGAAUCAAUUGCUCUAGCUGAGAAGAAAAUAAAUAUGAGCUUAGAUGAUAUUAUCAAAAUGUCUAAGACUCGUGAUAAGAAGCAUAAGAAGCAAAGAGUUCCGAAUAAGGGUCAGAAGUUUGUUAACAAUGUUUCUCAAGACAAGUCUUCAAAAGUUCGGAGAUUUAUGGACACAAGGUCCUCGUUGAGACAGGGUGCUCUUGCAAAGCGGAGGACAAAUUUUCAGGGAAAUCAGUUCCCUCUGGCUGCGGAGGCAGCUAAAAAGGCUGCUGCUGCUCCUAUCCGCAGUAGAGCUUUCAGCAGAAAUAGGCAAUUUAAUGUGAAUACAAGGGUUGAGGCAACGUCUGUCAGGAAGAAUUCUUCAAAUAGAGGUGGAUUUAAGAAAGCAGUGCAACAAACCAAUGGUGGCCCCAAGCAGAAGCCUCAGACAUUGGACUCACUCUUUGCUAACAUGAAGGAAGAAAGAAUGAGGUCCGUCUCUCGACAGAGCAAUGGGUCGGGAAGAAAUGGUGGGACCCGACAUGUAGUUCCUUGGGCAAGAGGUCAUCAGUACAAGUAA